AUGGUGGUUCUUGGCUGCUGGGGCUGUGUAGCAGGGGUUUGGCGGUGUGGCCGAGUGGCUGGAGGGCCGCUGGUAUGGUUAGCCGGAGCAAGAGAGUCACAGAGAUCAAUCUCUAUUGCUCUUACAGUCAAAAACAAAAUUGCAUGCAUAGAUGGUACUUUGCCUCAACCUAAUCUUAGUGAUUCUCGGACUCAAAUUGCUUGGCUACGAGCCAAUAAUCUUGUUCUAUCUUGGUUAGUGAAUUCUAUAGCAAAAGAAAUUUGUGGGAGUCUACUGUACUUGACAAGUGCAUAUGAUAUUUGGGAAGAACUUAAGACAAGAUAUCUUCGAAGUGAUGGUCCAAGAUUACAAGCCAAUUCCCAGCUGCAGAUGUGGAAUUCUCAACCAGUGUUCUUGCAAUUUUUAAAGAAUUUUUUAGACAGACAGCAAUCAGAUUUUGUGAUGAAGUUUCUUAUUGGUUUGCAUGAUUCCUAUUCUAUGAUGCGAAGUCAGUUACUUCUUCAAUCACCUUUGCCUUCUAUGAGCAAAGUGUUUUCCUUAUUAUUGCAAGAAGAAAGCCAAAGGUCUCUAUCUAAUGCUGUUGGUAUUUCCAUAGACUCUCAUGCAAUGAAUGCUGCACAAACACAGAGAUUUGUUGCCACGAGUGGUAUUCGUUUCACAAAACCAAAGAUGAAAGGAAAUGUUACUUGUUCCCAUUGUGGAUAUAAUGGUCAUCUUGCAGACAAGUGUUUCCACUUAAUUGGAUACCCACCUGGAUGGAAAGGAUCAUGA